AUGAAAUUAUCAACAGGCACAGCAAGCAUGAAGCGAUGUAACUCGAAGGCAUCGUAUCUGCCACGACAAAGUCUGGAAAAGUUAAACAAUACAGAUCCUGAUCAUGGCAGCUACAAAUUGACUUUAACGUCUAAUGAAGAUUUAGUUGCCAAUAUUAAACCAACAUAUGACAUACUCAAUCACAAUGGUAAAAUAGCAAACAACAAUUUGCCUGACGUGCUGCCAUUGGGUGCUAAAUUACAGCCACAGCCAUCAUCACCUACAUCCGCAAAUAACAAUUCUCCAUUACGUUAUGGUUCCAAUAAUAACCUCGCAUUAUCAACUACUUCACCUACAAUACAACAACAGCAGCAACAUGCAGCCUCAUGUUAUUCAAUAUAUCCACCAACACAUCAUCGAUAUUCUUCACCUGCUGUUAGUAACUACAAUAAUAACAAUAGCAACGCAACAAUACCAAGCUAUGCCAGAUCUCAAUCAUACGAUGUCAAUACAAAUGCGACAAGUCCAAAUAAGUUUAUGUCACAGUCAACACUUGAUCUUAAAAGAACACCCAACCUCGAAACAACAUUAGAAGAGAUACUGCCCGAAUCCACAAAUAUUAUACUUUCGCCAGCGCAGUCCGAGAAUAACCUCAGCAGUCCUAAAAUAAGUAAUACAUCUAUUAAAUCGUACAGCCCACGUACUAGCACUAAAGAAUCUGAACAUUUUGAUAUAAGCAAUAAUAGAGGAAAUUUAGAAAAUGUUAGUGAAGCAGAAGACGGCAGAAUUUUCCGUGCAGAGUUGGUAAAUACCACUUUAUCAACAUCGCCCUGUGGCACUUCCAAUAAGAUAGUGACACGUAAAGAUUCAUUGCGAGAAAAUAUAGAAAAAAUAACACAACUACAAUCGCAAUUAAUGUCCGCACAUAUGUCUGAUAACAGUUUGUUGGGUAGCUACAGUGUUAAGACAACUACGCAAAAUCCUACAAAAAUUGCACUUAUUGACAAACAAAACUCUUUAACUAAGGAAGUUGAACAAAUAACUGAAAUAAAAGAAUUAAAUAAUGUAUCAUGUGCUCAGAGCAAUGCUGAUGAAAAAAGCACUUGCUUGACUGAAGCUGUUAACAAUAAUGGAAAUAUUAAACAAAGUGAUAUGACCGCGCCCUUACUACCCUUAACUCAACCACCGGUCAUCGAAUAUGAUCAAAAUGAGGACUUACAAAAUGUUGCUACAAAUAUGACGCAAGAUACCGUAGCUGCUGCACAGAUUUCACAAAUGGACUCCAGUACAGAUGGACUCAAAUUAAUGCAACGCAGUGAAAUCGUGCUACGUGUGAACCCCAGUACUACAGAAGCUGCUUCACAAACUGAUGAUCUACCAGACUCAGACAUGGGACGUCUCACAACUUUAGCACACACAAAGGAAGAUACUGCAACACACACCACACUCCAGCCAAGACAGCGUCAUCCUAUCGAAAUCGAUUGUGAAAACUUAUCCAAAGAGUUGGCAAACCUUCUACAACCCAAUGAUAAAUUGAUAGAAGUACUAAUGCCGCAAUCAUCAAAAUUACCUACUGACUAUGUGGGUAAUUUGUACAAUCCAAAUGUAGCACUUAGGCCCACAAAACGUAAUGUGGGCACCUCAACUUUAAUGCGUAUGAAAACACGUGAUUCCCAGGAGACAAGCGAAAAGCAGAAUAUCGUCACAUUAGAAUUGCAGUUUGCUGAACUGGAAGUGACAUUAGCGAAUAGUAGCGAAAACGACAGUUGUGAUCUGAUGAAGAAUAAAGUGAAUGAACUUAUAUGUCAUCUUAAACGAAAAAUCCGUAUACUCUCUAAUGAGCAGACUACCAUUAGUGAAGAAUCAGCCAUUAAUGAUGAACUUGGCAGCAGCCUGAUCAGCAAAGUUGCUGAUAAAGUGCGUCCAAUCGAAUCCACCAAAUUUCGUACAUAUAUCGAUGAUGUGGGACACAUAACAAGUCUAUUGCUUUCUUUAUCGGAACGUUUGGCCAGAAUAGAAAACAAUUUACUUUCAACAACUGAAGAAUGCACUGAAAAGAAAAUAUUGGAAAGCAAACGAGAACGUUUACUUGAACAGUUGACGGAAGCGAAGCGCCUCAGAGAGGAUAUUCAACGACGUGGUACCAGUGUGAUGGGCAUGUUAGAAAAGAAUCUAAGUGUCGAUGAAUAUGCCGAUUUUGAUUACUUCAUCAAUAUGAAGGCUAAACUUAUUGCGGAUGCACGUGAUAUAGCCGACAAAAUUAAAUUUGGUGAAGAACAAAUGACAGCACUUACUGAAAUGCUCAUACAAAGUGACUGUUAAGAUGUGCAUAUAAUGUAAAACUACUAAACAAACUUAAGAUUAAUAUAUUAUUAGUGCCUUGACACUUUGAUGAAAUUUCCACCAUAUGCUAUAGUUUGUUUUGAUUUUCCAAACUUUCAAUGUGCUAAGUUGAAAGUUGUGCAUGAGAAUCAGUUUUAAAUUAAAUUUUAAUGGAGGAACGGAUAAAUGACUCCAGUUAAUGAUUUUCCUACAUAACUCUAUAUAUAUAAAUGUUAGAUAUUAUUUCAAUUAUGUGAAUAUGAAAUUAUCAUGAAUAAUUGUGUUUUAUUUUAGAAAAAAAAAUAUUUAUUUUAAAGUCUAAAAAAUAUUUUAAUUAAGUGAGGACAAUUUAGAAUGAUCACAGAUUAACGAUUGAUUCAUUGUCUGUUAAACCUCUUAAGUGUGCUUAAAAAUUUUAUAAGAAUAAAAUUU